GACACAAGCCCAACUGACCGAUGUUUCAUUCCAAAGAAAAACCAUCUGAAAUAACCAUUAUAGAGAUAUACAGUUCUCAGUCUUUUUGUGUAUCUCAUUAUACACGGAGGAUCGUUCCGCACCGCGCGCGCGUUAAACCCGCAUCUGCUCCCUCUCCAAACUUCAGUGCGUCUUAGCGCGAGCUGCGCGACAUUUGAGAAGUUUAAAUCCCUCCUGAAGAGCUGAAAGGCAAGAGCGCCACUGACACACAGAUUAGACAGGGAAGGGAAGUGUAAAAUGAGUCCAGAGGGUAACCUCUCAUUUAAUAGCGGCGUGGCGUAUUAAUGAGCCCAGUUUUAUUUGCUUCGGCAGUUAAUCCCCGGCGAUAUAUAUCAGAAAGAGCGUUACACUUUCCUGGAGAGGGUCUAUGAAAAUUCUAUACUCGAAAGCCGUUUGAUUAUAAUUGAAAAACAGUGCCGGUGCGGACGAUGAGGAAAACGGCAAUUUUAUACUUUUUGUGCAUUUUAAUGUUAUCUUUCGGUCUCUCAAGAGGAACUGGUUUUAUUUACCGGUUUCCAGGGGUAACAUUGCAGCGUCUUAACUCCGAACAAAGCACAGGAGCACCGGCCAGCACGAACACGCGCCACAGCAGGAACUGGUGCCAGUACACGGUGUCGAAGACUGUGACGUGCCAGGUGCAGAAUGGCACUGAGAAGCUGGUGCAAAGGGUGUUUCAGAGCUGCCGCUGGCCAGGACCCUGCAACAACCUCAUAAGUUACAGGACACUGGUCAAGCCCACAUACCGUGUGACCUACCGGCUGGUGAUGGCCCUGGAGUGGCGCUGCUGCCCGGGAUUCCUCGGAGAAGAUUGCCGGGAGGAGUGUAUGAACUGCACCAGCUUCACAGACUUGAGUGAAAGACUGAGCACUGUUGAGUCCAAGAUUCUGUUGUUGAGGGAGACCUUGCCAGCUACCACAGCAGUCAACCGUCUGCACGAGGGAUCGACCGAUAAUGAGGUGGGCUCACCCAACCCCACGCCCUUAGGACCCCCCAUGGUCGGACUUCCAGGUCUCCGAGGCCCCCCGGGGCCAAUGGGGCCCCCAGGUGCUCCCGGAUCAGCUGGACCUCCUGGCCCCACAGGAGAGUCGGGCCCCACUGGAAAGUUUGGCCCCAUGGGACCUAGAGGACCCCCGGGUCAGAGAGGACCCCAGGGAGAGAUGGGUCUACCUGGGCCGCCUGGGCCACCAGGCCCGGCCUUCCCUUACCCCCUCCGCGGUGACACGUUCGGCCUGAACACUAGGCAGCUGGGCCAGGAUGAAGAACUCCUCUACACUGUGCCUCAUCUAAGCCACCGUGUGACACCGGGCCCCCCAGGUCCGCCCGGGCCCCCCGGACCCCCAGGGCCAGCAGGGCCGGCGGGAGACCCAGGACUACCUGGGCGACAUGCGGAGGGAGGCCUCGUCGGAAAAACUGGAGAUCUAGGACCUAAAGGAGAUCCUGGCGAAAAGGGACCUCCUGGAUUCGCAGGACCGCAUGGCCUUCCAGGUGCACCUGGACCCAAGGGUGAGCCAGGAGAGAGCUUGCAGGAGGGAGAAGGAGUGCAGCAGCUGAGGGAAGCCUUGAAAAUCCUGGCCGAGAGGGUCCUCAUUCUGGAGCACAUGCUUGGCAUUCAUGAAAGUCCAGUAGAGCCGGGUUCUGGAUUAGAUCUCUUCGCGGACCCGUUAUCGGUGCCUGCUGUGAAAAUUAAAAGAGCACACUCCAGACUGCAAAGAGAGAGCAGCCCCGCUGCCAAGAGCAAAGAGCGUAGCUCAGGCUAUUAGCCAGCGUGUCUCUGCCCAGCGUGUCGCUGCCCAGUGUGUCGCGGCCCGGCGUACGAGCCUGUGAGCUUGUGUGCCAGGCCUUGGACUGACACACUUUAGGCUGAGAUAACAGGCGGUCUCUCCUCAGUGAAGUUCUGAUAUGGUGAUAUUGUCGUUGUCAUGAUCUUUAUCACCGUUUCUUUCAAGGCCUCUGAAAACAUUAUUUAUAGAUAUUCAGGAUGCACAGUGUUUACUGUGAUGCUUUUUAGUGCAUUUUUUAGUGUCUGUGACUGAUUGCUUUUGCAUAUUGAUGGUAUCAGUCGUUUCAAGUGCUCCAAGUGGUUUUCAUUCGUACUUUUUAUAGAGCACAAUUAAAUGCAUGUACUUGUCUUAAUUUGCUCACACUUCUGCAAGUGAUUUCUGUCAGACCUUCGAAGGCUCUCCAUGCAGUUUUUGAUUAGAUUUAUGUACAGUAUUUCAAUUCCUCUCUUACAGAGAUUAAACUACAGCCAUUAUUAAUGUUGAUGCCACCAUAAGAAAUGAACAGCGUUUCUACGUAAAAUCUUAAUCAACACUGCGUGAUCUUUCUAAAUUCUUUUGAGCAUUUAUAAACUGCAUAUAAAAAUUCAAUAUUUAAUCUCAUCUAAAGCACAUAUUUCUUUGAAGUUGAUUGGUAGUAAUGACACUAAGGAUUCUUUCAUUUUCCGUGAGAGCUUCAUAAUUUAUGAUGCGGUAUGUUUCAUUUAAAUCAUGUGUUGGCUGUGUGUGCAGUGCGGUUUGUUGGAGUGCUUUUCCAAGCCCUGUAGUAGAGAACGUGUGUGUUUCUCAAUACCAAGAACACAUAAAUCGUACUUGUGGUCUUGGCAAGAUCGGUCUUGCCAACUUGCCUCCCAAGAAUGAACUUUGGGUGCAAUGAGAUUGGUCUUGUUUGCUGAGGAUGCAACCGAUGUAUCUUUCAUAUUUGGGGUGAGGCAAGAACAGCAUCCAGGGAUCUUUACCGUCCUUUUACUUCUGUCCUUGAGUACUGAAACUUGAGUAUUGGAAUCGGCAAUGGAAGAUGACGUAAAAUGGGUACAUGAGAAUUGAGAACAUAGUCAAGUACGCAUGUCGCGAAACACCCAGUAGCUUGAAUCUGCCUUCUGCAAAUUCGGCUCGUGAUACAGCUUCCCUUCAGGAAUCUUGGGGGAUUGAUCUUUGCUGCAUACGCAGCCUCUCUAUGGCCUUUUUCUUAGAUUAUCUCUUUUUGCUUGUUUUUUUUAAAUGUACAAUCAUAAUCAGGGAUAGACAUAACUGGUACUCAAGUAUGCAUUCACCUUUAAAAACGAUACAUUCGACAAUCAAUUGUGGUAAUAGUGCAAAUACGUACUUAUUUUAUGUGCAUUUGCACUGAUAUGAAAACAAAACAAUGCAUUUUAAUCUUCAUAUGCUAACUCUACUUCAUUUGCAGUAUAUAGGUUAAAACGCAAGGUAUUUUUUGUCGUAGCAGCGCAAAUGCAUAUAAAAUAAAUACGCAUUUGCACUUUUACAAACAAUCGAUUGUCGCACAUAUCAUUUUUAAAGGUGGACGUGUACUUGCGUACCAGUUAUGUCCAUCCCUGAUCAUAAUAAACCAAAAGUCAUUUUUAGGAACUACACAUGUAAUGAAAUUAACAACAUCCUGAACAGAUGUGUCUGUUCAAUCAUUUAUGCAAGAGCCAGGCUCUAAUAAUCUCAGCUGAUUCUUUUUUUAACGUUGUCGUAUUUAAUAUCUUUGACUUGGAAUGCUAUUAAUGCUAUUAACACAUUAACUACAGUAUCUGAGGGAAGGAUACAGCAUUAGGCCUGCUGCUUGAUAACAGUACUGUGAGGAGGACUUGACUGAUGUCAAGCAUACAGCAUACAAAUUAAUCUGUCAGUCUGUUUCUUUUACAACAAGGCCUGGUAUUCCAGAAUUUCAUGUAUGCCACGAUAUGUAGAGCAGUGUUUCCCAAUCUGGUCCUCAGGAACCUGCAGACAGUCCACGUUUUUGCUCCCUCCCAACUCCCAUGUGGACUGUCUGGCAGGGAGCUGGGAGGGAGCAAAAACGUGAACCGUCUGUGGGUCCCCAAGGACUGGCUUGGGAAACACUGGUGUACAGUUUUAGUUAAUCAGACAGUGAGAGAGGCUUCUGUAAAGCUCAGUCAAAGCUUGCACGUUUCUGUACGCAUUUAUACAUUGACAUUCACCGUGUCCUUGUGAACCUUCUGUUCCCCAUCAAUGCCUCUUGAGGUAUACGAGCAGGGGUUUUAUGUAAUACACUUGUUAGUCUAAAUCUGAUAUUCUGGAAUAUCAGAGUCAUUAUCACUCUUCUGAUGCUUUCUAAAUGUUGAAGUGAAGGAAAUGAAAGCAGGGAAUUAAUUAUCUCGUACAACGUGUGCAUUGACAUGUUUCGUUUCUGAUUGAUUGAUUGAUUGCAGUGUAAUAUGUGUAAAUACGAGGUGUAUUCAAAAUACUUUUGGGCAUGUAAUGGAACGUCUUUCGACCUUAUUGGCACAUCAUGUUAGGAUCCAUAUAUGAAUGAAUUGCAACAAAGCUGAAAAUUAUCCAUCAGUGUACUGGAGCUGUCAAUGACAUCAAAAUUUUGUGUUUAUGUUGUGUCAUGGUGCCUGUAAAUGUUAUUAUGGUGAUUACAUGGACUGUAAUCACAUCAAUAAACCCCUUUAAGACGUAA